GUGUUUGGAGAUAAAAGUUAAGACAUGGCAUAGGAACGAAAGCAGGAAGCCCCACAGCCGAGUGAAACGUUGCCUUUUAUUGAGAGAUCAUUAUACAACCCGGAAGAGUUAGAGGAUUACCCGGAAGAGGAAACGGAAGAUGAAGAAGAUAGUAAGGACACUGCAUGUGGUUUCUGGGUAUUCAGGGGUCCCUGCAUACAAAGAUUUGCCACUGAGAAAAUGUAUGUGAUUCUGUAUGGGUUGGCUGGCUGUGUGAUGGCAAUGACCUUCGCCUACUUUAAUGCCACUAUUACGACCUUGGAGAAGCGCUAUAAGAUACCAACAAAGACUAGUGGCAUAAUCUCGGUGGGAAACGAUAUCAGUACCAUGCUAACAGCCGCCCUCCUGGGUUAUUAUGCGGGAAAUGGGCAUCGACCCCGCUGGAUGGGAAUAGUUUCCCAUUUAGGCUUACUGACCAUUGUGGCUUUUUGCCUACUCACAAGCUCGCUGCAUUUUCUUUACGGAGCUGGCGAAGAUGCCCUUAAGUUAACCCGGGAGUUUGGUCAGGUCAAUGAAACGUUGGCUCGGCAAGAGAAGGACCAGAAAUUGUGUCAGUCAAGUCCAGGGGGAUGUGUCCAGGAGGUGGGCCAGUGGGUGCCCCAAGUGUUUCUGUUCGUGGCUCAACUCAUAUCGGGAGUGGGUCAGGCCCUUUUCUAUACUCUGGGCAUUGCCUAUAUGGACGACAAUGGCACCAAGUCCAAGACACCUGCCAUGUUGAGUUUGUCCACAUUCUUGAGGAUGCUGGGCCCAGCUAUUGGCUAUUCCUUGGGUGCCCUGUGCCUGCGUUUGUAUAUUGAGCCCACCUUGAAACCCCUGAUUGGGCGUGAGGAUCCCCGCUGGUUGGGCGCCUGGUGGCUGGGAUGGUUAGUACUGGCUGCGAUUACCUUGAUCGCUGCAAUAUGCCUCUUCAUGUUUCCCAAAGAACUGCCCAGUUCACGGAGGAGGCGUCUGCAAGUGAGGCACAUGGAAAGAAAGAUGUCCCUACCCCUCAAAGAGCGCACCUUUGGGGACAUGAUGAGGACUGUCAGGAGAUUGGCGAGGAACAGGGUUUAUGUGUACAACACCGCGGCCUCCAUCCUAUACUUUUUCGGUUACAUGGCCUAUUGGAUUUUCACGCCAAAGUAUAUCGAAACCCAGUACAGGCAAUCGGCGGCUACGGCAACCAUGGCCACGGGUACAGUGGCCCUCGGAUUCUCCGCCGCCGGAGUCCUAAUCUCCGGCUACGUGAUCUCAAAAUAUAAGCCAAGCGCCAGGUCAAUGGCCUGCUGGAAUGCCAUAGUGGACUUCGUAACGGUGGCCGGAAUCCUGUGCUAUGUGGCCAUAGGAUGUGAAGGCAGUGACAGGUUGAACUCCCUGACCACCUUGUCUGCUGGAAACAGUUGCAGUGCCGACUGUCACUGCGACUACGUGCACUAUGCGCCGGUUUGCAGUCCGGAGAACAUCACCUUUAUAUCCGCCUGCCAUGCCGGGUGCUCGGAAAGGACGAAAGAUGCCCUUGGGAGGACCAUUUACACCGGCUGCCAGUGCAUGGGCUCAUCUGGUUUGAUCUCCGACCCUGAGACCCAAUUCGCUGUGGAUGGAACCUGUCCGGUAGAUUGCUUUAAUGAGUUCCUGGCUUUCCUAGGCGUCAUGUGCUUCCUGAAACUCAUGGGAGCAUCUAGUAAAUCCACAAACCUGCUCAUCGCCCUUCGCUGCAUUCCUCCAGAAGACAAAACCUUCGCUUUGGGACUAGGUUCCAUGGUUGCUUCCCUACUCGGUUUCAUUCCCAGUCCAAUUUUCUUCGGCUGGCUGAUAGACAACUAUUGUUUGGUGUGGGGCAAGACCUGUUCCAGCAAGGGAAACUGUUGGCUCUACGACACGGCAUCCUUGCGAUACGCUUUAAAUCUCACGGCUGCUUCCUUUAUAUUUUUGGGAGGCUUUCUAAACAUUUCCGUUUGGUAUUAUGCCAAGAAUCUCAAGAUAUUUGAUGAAGAGGAGUCGCCAAAAGACAGUUCCAAAAAUAAGGAAGUUGAAAUGGAGACAUUAGAUUGUAAAUCUUAACAAAAAUAAAAACUGUACCUAUUUUUUUAGU